AUGCAAGUGAUCCCACUCAUUCUAUGUACCUUAUUCCAUGUCUUCCUGCUACUUCCCCACGCCAAUGCAGCUGCAACCAUCUCGAAGACCAUCACGGUCAACAAAAAUGGCGGCGCUGACUUUUCGUCGAUCCAAGCCGCCAUAAAUUCGAUCCCCGACUACAACAACCAGUGGAUUAAGGUGCAGGUUGCAGCUGGAGUCUACAGGUCUCCAUCCUCACCAACACUCUCAUUCCCUUACACCUCCUCUACCUCACCGUUCCGCUCUCGAUGCAGGGAGAAGGUGACCGUCGGCUCUAAGGGCUUCAUCCUCCUACAAGGGGAGGGGGCGCAGCAGACGUCGAUCGAAUGGGGAGGCUACAGCGGGGACGCCGCUGGCGAUGACACUGCAACCAGUGCCACCUUCACUACCUACGGUGCCAACUUCGUCGCGAGAGACAUCACAUUCAAGAACACGUAUACUGGCAAUACAAGGGAGCAGGCGGUGGCAGUGUUGGUAGCGGGAGACAAGUCUUCCUUCUACAACUGCAGGUUCAUUAGCAUCCAAGACACGCUAUGCGAUGAGAUGGGACGACACUACAUCAAGGACUGCUACAUCGAGGGUGCCAUCGACUUCAUAUGGGGAGUCGGCCAAUCUAUCUAUGAGGGAUGCACUAUAUCGACGGUGAACAUACCCGAACAACCGGGCUAUAUCACAGCCCACGGACGACAAACCUCUGGGGAUCCGAGUGGGUUCGUCUUCAAGUCAUGCAACAUCACAGGAACUGGGAAAACCUAUUUAGGGAGAGCAUGGAACCACCACGCCAGGGUGCUCUUCCACCAGACAUCCAUGUCCGACGUUGUUGUCCCUGCCGGGUGGGAUGUUUGGCACCAGAGCGGUCAUGAGAACGACAUCACCUUUGCUGAAUCAGGGUGCACGGGACCAGGAUCAAAUCACACAGGGCGCAUCUCCUGGGCGAAGAAGCUUGGUGAUGCUGAGCUGCAGCAGUUAACCUCCAUGUCAUUUAUCGAUAGUGAAGGGUGGCUUGCUGCACAACCAUAG